GAUGCCUGUCUCUUCAUCGGCCUGCCAACCUUGAGCAAAUGGGACUCCGCGCUGGCUGGAUUUCUGCUGCUGUUGAACAUCUUCACUCAGAUCGGCUUCGUCUUGGUCGUCCGCAGCCACAUGCUGGAGGAUAUUCUACAGCCAGAUCAGCUCACGAACCUCCUCCGAUUCAGGACGAACGUGGCCCACGAUGUGAAAUAUGCUGACCUCGUCGGAGGUCGCUCAAUGGCCAGGCAAGUAUGCAGCCAGGAUGAAUCCCUGCAGUGGGCGAAUUCGCAAACAGGAGUGAUUUCAGAUCUGAACGACUAUAUCUCCGUCGGGCCUGUUUUGGGCCUGCUGGCUAUCGGCUGCUGGCUGUCCACGACCCUUCGGGAGUUAUUCAACAUCAUGGGCUUCGUCAGCGCCAUCCGCAGAUACCCAAUAGGCGAGAGCACCUUGAUGGCGGCCGGCGAGGAGGACGACAGCGCUGACGUUGUGAUAACGCAGAUGACACAAUUUCGGAAAUGGGUGCUCUUCCUCUUUGUCGCUUUGCCGCGCUUGGUGGUGGCAGUGUCUCUGGCGAUCACAGGCACGCGUUACCUCGCGAACACUCUAAGCCUCGCAGACUUGAUCCUCAAUGCGGUGGCCCUGGCAUUCAUCCUGGACCUCGAUGAGCUAGUGGAGUCGGCCUUUAUGCCCAGAAGGGCGCGCUUCCUGCUGGACGCCCUGGGGACGCUGCCCAUUGCCCGCGUGGAGAUCCCAGGCAUUGGCCACGUGCGCGGCGGAUUCCAGGAGCGCCUGAAGAAUAUGCUGAAAGUGGCGCUUCUUCUUUUGGGUCUUUCUCUGGCCUGGUUGUGCCUGCUCCAGCCACUCUACGACCGGGCGCGGCUGGCGCACAACAUUCUCUGCAGCGGCAGGCAAGACUUCAUCUACACC